GGCGCACUGCCCCUACUUCGACGUCGCCUCCCCCGCUGCGCGUUCACGCUGUCCUCCAUACUGUCUCGUGACUCCCCUCUGGCAUCAAGAGUGAAACUACUGCCUUAUCAUUGAUCUUUAUAUGGCUGAAGCACCCCAACAAUUUCCUUCUGUGGUUGAUCGUUAUUUUACGCGAUGGUACAAAUCAGAUGUAAAGGGCCAGCUUAAUGAAGACUUCUGCAUACUGCAGCAUUCAAACCGAAUCUGUGUAGUUACUCUGGCAGAAUGCCAUCCAGUUCUUCAAAGUGGCAAAAAUAUUUCUAGUAUUAGUUACCAAAUCAGUGCUAACUGCAGCAGACUACAGAACAAAGUAUCAGGAAAGUCCAAAAGAGGGGCUCAGUUCUUAACAGAGCUCGCACCGUUGUGUAGGAUAACCUGCUGUGACGGCGAUGAAUAUACCAUUUACAGUUGUAUUAGAGGCCGGUUACUGGAAGUAAAUGAGAAUAUUCUUCACAAUCCAGAGCUGCUGAAGGAAAAGCCAUUGACAGAAGGUUACAUUGCAGUUGUGCUGCCAAAAUUUGAAGAGAGCAAAACUGUGACAGAGGGACUUCUUUCCCAAAAGCAAUAUGAAGAAGUCCUGAUGAAGCGGACAUCCAACCCAGAUUCCUAGCCGGAUUUCUUACUGUGCAGCCUGCACAAACCUACCUCUACAUGAAAGGACCACUACUUAUAAGCCAUAGCUCGGUGUCUGUGUUCACAAUCUGGGGAUUCGGACUUGGAGCUUAGCAGGUAGAAUGACUGUGGCAGAUGUGGGCACAGCCUCAGUCAUAUUCAGCAGCAAAGGUCUCUGGUGUUGCUUUCAUACUGCAUUUACAGUUGGUCUUCGAACCAUUAGCUGAUGUUUCCAUUUAAGAAACUGGUCACAUUAGAGGCAUAAUGCAGUUGAAAAUAACUGGGCCACUUCAGUAUGUGAUAUGUCCUUGAAAAUGUGACUUCCAUUUUGUCUUUAAUAAAUGGCUUUCUUAAAACUUG